ACCAUGUGAAGACAUGUGUUAUGUACAGUGGCGGAGCCACUCAUGGCCAAGGGUGGUCACCUGCACACCCUUGGCUGGAAAAUGGUACUAAUACAUGGAUUAGAUAUUAUAGUUAACUGGAUAUAAAUUAAAUUUUGAACACCCUUAAAAUAAUUGAGAUAGAUAGCUUAGAGGUAAAGGGUGUUCAAUUUUACCUAAUAGUCACAGUUUAAAACUUGCGUCAAACGCUGGUCAUCUUCUUUCUUUAAAAGAAAACAUACAAACAAUGUCUGAAGCUACUUGGUUGAUUUAUAUUUGCACUUAUUUUCUUUCAUGUUCCGACUAAACUUAUUUGUAUUUGAGUUAUGAUUUGGAUUUGAUUUAUUCCUAUGUUGGUUUGGAGGUUGGACUCAUUUGUUGAAGCUUCUUUAGUCUUUCUUCUUUCCUUCCUAGUCCCUAGAAAAGAAGAAGGUGUAUUGUUAAAAAGAAGACAAUGAGAUCUAAUAGCAAGUUAGCUACAACUUAUUUUAUUCUCUUUUCUUUUUAAUUGCUUCUGUGAACAUUUUAAUUAUCCAACUUUUUUCUCUUUUUUUUUCUCUCUUUUUUUUCAAAGAAAAUUAAUUAGUCGCUAUCUCUCGCUUUAUAACAUUCUCGGAAUGCCCCUGGUUGUUCUCCACUUGUGGGAUUACGUACACUGGGUAUAUUGUUGUUGUUAUUUAAUACUGUAAUCACCGAUAGAGUUUUCUAGCAAUGAAAUUUAUCAAGAAUAACUUGCGAAAUCAAAUGGACCAUAAAUUUUAGGCAGGUGUGCAGUGAUGAUGUUAAAAAAAAAAUUCGUUGCACUCAUUCAUCGGAAAAAAAUUAUAUACUCAUUAACAUUUGAACAACCUUACCAAAAUUUCUGGCUCCGCCACUGGUUAUGUAUUCAUUGAGUUAAUAUAAGCACUUGGUGUGGUUAAGUUUUUACUGUAUUCCCUACCCUACGAGAAAAAUAAUUGAUUUAAAUGAUCUAAUAGUAACAAUCUGCACACUUAUUUUCUUACAUCUACGCAUCUUUGUUUUCUCUUGUUUUUGCCUAUGGUAUUUUAUAACAGGUUACUAGUACGGCGUCUCUAGUUAACUUCAAGUAGAGGUUUUAUAUUAUUUAUAACACGUUAUUAGAAUGAGUCUCUAAUCAACUUCAAAUUGAGAAGCGCAUAGGCAAGGAAGGUUGAGCAUCUGAGAUGGAAAAUUCUUUUCAUACCGGAGGCUCCAUCACUAUGGAGACGUGUUGGGUUGAUGAAAGGACAAAGGCAAAAUGCUUCUUCUUGUAUGCCAAAAAUCUGCAUAUUCUGUGGUCAGAAGAUAGCAGUAAGUGGAGUCGGCCCCAGUAUAAGGAGUUUCCAAGUGAUCAGCCCAUUCAAGUUUACGAAAUGGCAACAGUUCUAUCACUAGCUGUUGGUGGAAGUUUUGAUGCGACAAAGCUUUCACGGGGAAUAGAGUACAAGGUUUCAGUUGUGGUGUUAUUGAAGAAAUUUCUUUCAGGAUGGGAAUUUCCAGUGCAAACUAUACUUGUUAAGCCUGAUGGUACCAAAGAAAAUCGAAGUACUGAAGAUCUUAUGGAAAAACCAAAAAGAGAAUGGAUACAAAUUCAACUAGGGACUUUCAUGAUUCCAGAAGAGAUGGAAAGUAUCACAAAUUUGGAAUUCUAUGUGCAUGAAAGGAAAGGUAUAAAACUGAAGAUGGGACUGGUUAUCAAAGGUGUUGAAAUUUCCGUCUAAAUACAACUUAGUAAUAGAGAAGAAGCUACUAAUUUGUUAUAUUAAUUUAAUUUCUCAAAGGGUCACUUAACUUAGUUGAGUGACCUUUUGGGAAAUCUAUAUUACUUUGCUAAAUAAUGUCUUCAAUACCAGCUAUAUAUAUAUAUAUAUAUAUAUAUA